AUGAGACUCUUUAUCGGCAGAAAUCCGAGGUCUAUCGUUAUAUCCUCCAAUGGUUAUAAUCUGUCGUUCCAGAUUCCAAGCGUACCUGGUGGUGGUCAACAGCAAUCUACACAACAAAGCUCUAAGACACCGGUAGUGGCUAUCAGAUCAAUUACGGAUGAUGAGCUAGGAGACUUAGCUCGGUAUGUCGAGGUCAAGAGCCGAAUACAUCACGGAUUGCUUGGGUUAGUGUCAAUAAAUGGAGACGUUUCCGUUGCGCUAAUAACUGGCGUGCAAAAAGUUGGAUUUCCCCGAUGGACACUUCAAAACGGGCAAUUGAAUCCAUCUGAAAAUGUUUUCAAGGUUUUAGAUGUCGAUUUCCAUAGCUUGGAUUUACCAAUUUACGAUCAUCUUCACUUCGAAAUCACGGAACAGAACUACGAGAAGCUUGUGCACGAGCAUCCGUGUGGAUUUUUGAAGAAGCUUUUUAGCGAUGGAACGUUUUAUUACUCUAGAGAUUUCGACAUAUCGAAUGUUUUAAAAAAUCAUGGUCUUUCUCACAGUCUGGAUUAUACUAUCGAUAAUCAGGAUAUGAACUAUAUUUGGAAUUCCAGUUUCGUUUCAGAGAUAAUAAAUUGGCGUAGCAGAAUUCCAGCUCAAGAGAAAGAGCUGAUCGGGGACGAAUUUUUUACUUUCCUGAUUAGAGGAUUCUAUAAGACAGCAGUUGUAGAAGAAGCCGAUGUUGUCUCCACGGUAACGCUGAUAACAAGGAUCUCUGCCGAAAGUAAGCAACAAUCUUUAGAAUUAGUUGGUAUUGACGAGCAAGGGAGGGUUUCAGACUUCAUGGAGACAGAAAUAAUUGUGACCACGGAGAAUUAUAUCUUUUCGUAUACUCAGGUUAGUGGAAAUGUACCCCUGUUUUGGGAAGUUGUGGAUGGUCAGCUCUUACAUGGCCGUAAACUAAAGCUUACUAAGAGUGCUGAACAGUCUCAAGCUGCGUUUGACAGGCAUUUCGAUAAUCUAGCAUCAAAAUACGGUAUGGCCAGCGUCGUAAACCUUGUCAAAUCAAGAAGCGAAGCGCAAGAGUCCAUGGCUCGUGCGUACAAAAGCUGUGCAGCUGCCAAGGGUGUUAAGUUAACCAAUGUUGAACUUGGAUCUGGAUUUCUCAGUAAGACACCUCAUAAAUUGCUGUACAUGUUAAAGCAAGAUCUAUAUGAAUUUGGUGCUUUUGCCUAUGAUAAAAAAAGAGGAAUUUACAUUGGGAAACAGACUGGUGUAUUAAGAGUGAGCUGCUACGACUCCGUAGAUCGUACAACUACCGUUGAAAGACUUGUCAGCCGGGAAGUGCUUGAGCUAACGACAGGUGAGCUUUCCGGUGUUGAGAUAACCUCACUAUUGAUCAAGACACAUGAUAGACUUUGGUCAGAAAACAACUAUUGGUUAGAGACUACUUAUUCCAAAAAUAAUAAGAAUUCAAGCAAGUACAGAAAGGUUUAUGGAAAACUAUUCAAUUCUAGAGUGAAGAUUCAUGACCCACUUCAUUCAACGAUAUCUCAGUACCUCAGACUGCGUAAAGAGUCAUAUACCUAUGAGAGAGAUAUCACAAUAUUUGCGGGAACGUUCAAUAUUGGUGGUAAGCUUCCUUCAGAUGAUAUCCGUGAAUGGAUUUGCCCAGAAGAGAUAAAUAAUGAUGCCUCUUUUCCAGAUAUAUUUGUCAUUGGCCUAGAAGAGAUGGUAGAACUUACGCCGGGACAUAUUCUAUCAACAGAUCCAUAUGUGAAGCAGUACUGGGAGAAAAAAAUGCUGAGUGUACUAAAUAAUGCGAAAGUGGACAAGAACUACGGUUGCGUUUGGAGCAGUCAAUUAGGUGGAGUUCUGCUGAUGCUUUUCGUAUGUGAAUCGGAGUACCCAAAAGUGAAGCAUGUCGAAGGUGAUAUGAAGAAGACUGGUUUCGGUGGGAUGACCUCAAACAAAGGAGCUGUUGCAGUGAGCUUCAAAUACUCAGCAACGAAGUUUUGCUUAUUAGUUUCACAUCUAGCAGCUGGUCUGGAGAACGUGGAGCAGCGCCACAAUGAUUAUAAGACUAUUGUCAAGAACAUCAGAUUUUCUCGAGGCCUUAGGAUCAAGGACCAUGAUGUUAUAAUAUGGAUGGGAGAUUUCAAUUACAGAAUUUUAAUGCCCAAUGACGACGUACGCAAGAUGAUAGCGGCUGGAGAGUAUGCAAAGCUGCUUGAAAAGGAUCAGCUCAAUCAACAAAUGAUUGCUGGUGAAGCGUUCCCGUAUUACCACGAGAUGGAAAUUAAUUUUCCUCCGACUUAUAAGUUUGAUCCUGGAACAAAAACGUAUGAUACGAGUGAGAAGAUGCGUAUUCCAGCAUGGACGGACAGGAUUCUGAGUCGCGGAUCAUCUUUGAAGCAGUUGACCUACGGCUGCGCUGAAAAUAUCCUGUUCUCAGAUCAUAGACCAGUCUACGCCACUUUCUUGGCAAGGGUUACAGUUCUUGAUGAGCAGGAGAAAGCUGUUAUAGCCGCAGACAUUUACCAAAGGAUUGCCAGAAAACUAGCCAAUUCGAGUGAGAAAGAUAAAUUAGCCUUGCUGAGUGACAGUAACUUGUUGCUCGACAGCCUAGAGGAAGACGGCGUGAGAAAUCUAUCGACACAGUCUCAAGUUGCUGCGUUAGCCCAGAAUAGAGGUGGACGACUUCCAGCACCUAGUUCGGACUUCAAGAAGUGGUGGAUUGGGAACGGAAAGCAAGUAAAGGUCGUGCUUGAUGUUGACACACAAAACUACAUUAUCAAUCCUGAGCGAGACGUAAAUCCGUUCUCCGAAGAUAAUGGUGAGUUGUCGUUAUUUGUUCCCAGGGAAACUACAUAG